GUUUGAGUACUUUACAGUUUUAGUCCUUAUGUCUAAAUGUUUUAGUAUUUAGCCUACUUAAGUUUGCAACGUAGCUACUACCAUAUACAUGACAUGGAGUCAGAUGAGUGCGAAUUCGACUCCACAUGGGAGGAUGAACACCAAAAUAAAACACCGAGGAAGAAGAUGUACAGACGAAGUCGCAGGAACAUGUAUGCUGCUAAGGACAUGCAAGACUUUCGGCAUAGUUGCCAGUUCCUUGAUUAUGACGAUGAAGAGCCUGUUCGUGACUUCUUCUAUAACCUGGAGUUUUACCAAGGUCGAAUAAGAUCUUCACCUGACAAUAUUCACAUUGAUGAAUUUCACAAGCAUUGGUGGGGUCAAUAUGGUUGGCUGGAGGAAGUUCACUCCUACAUUCAAUGGUUGUUUCCUAUACAGGAGCAAGGGUUGAACAGGUGGUCACAUGUGCUCACAAAAAAGGAAAUAAAGCUUUUCCGUAGAGAUAAACAAGCACUGCGUAACUUGGUGAAAUCAUAUGAAGUCAUGUUGGAUUUCUAUGGUAUAUGUUUGAUCAAUAUACACACAGGAGAGGUGAGACGUGCUCCAAACUGGAGGCAACGAUUUAAAAACUUGAACAGGUAUACACACAAUAACCUGCGCAUUACACGGAUCCUGAAGUGUUUGGGAACUCUAGGAUUGGAGCACUAUCAGGCCCCGCUCGUCAAGUUCUUCCUCCGUGAGACUCUUGUGAAUGCAGAACUAUCAAAUGUGAAACAAAGUGUACUAGAUUACUUUAUGUUUGCGGUCUUGAACAAAUCAAAGAGGAGAGAGCUGGUUGGAUAUGCUUAUAAGCAUUUCAGACCUCAAGAAGAAUUUGUCUGGGGCCCAAAGAAGAUUCUGCAAAAGGAAACUUCUAAAGAAGGUGAGCAGGAAAGGGUAAGGACCCAUAAGGCCAUGCCUGGAAUGAACAAAACGCAUGCCCAUCCUUAUUCUGAAAGGAUGGUAAGUGAGAAACUUUAUAAAAAUGAUCACCAGAAGGAUGAUAAAGCAGUUAGUCAAAAGAAAUUGAUGGCAACAGAGAAAAAACAAAUUCGUGGAAACGCAAACUGUUUAUGUUUUUAAUGUUGACAUGUCAGGAAAGUGCUUGAUGGUGAAGGUGAAAUUUAUCUAGAUGAAAGUUUACAAAAACUACUUUAAAUGUGCCAGUUCAAACAAGCUGACCAAAAUAAAUAUUAAAAGUUUUCAGGAUGCUGAUGCUAAUGAAGAGUCAUAUGUUAGCCAAAAGAAAAACCAAAGCAGAAGUUUUUUUCUUACUAAAAUUAUUGUACACAAGAUCUAGAUACUACUUUUACACUACAGAAUACAAUUGUACAAACUUGAACCCUAUUUCUGGUCUGAAUGUGAAAGCUUGGUCACAGAAUAGCUGCGAUUUUCGUUUGUGAAAAUAAUUUGCUUUCCUGUGAGUUUUCUUCAUAUAUAUUUCUCAAGUGCUGACUUAGUACAUAAAAACAUUUUCAACAAUAGUUUUAAUAACUAAUUUCUUUUGUCUUCGCCAGUAAUAUUUUAAUGGCUAUUUUGAACACUACUAAGAAACUUGUAUUCAGUUUAAAUUGCAAAUAACUUCUUUCAACAAUUCGAACAAGAAUUUCAACACUAACCUCAGCAUGUUUUUUUUUCCCCAUGCAGCCAAUUGAAUAGAAAUAAGAUUUUCUCCAGAAGAAAAAUGUAAUAGGAAAUACAGGGGAAAUUCCCUUGCUCGGUUGAACGUAACUUGGGAAAUAUUUGAAAAAGAAUUCAUUUCACAGGAGGGCUAAAAUGUCUUAAUUGUAUAGGAGAUUGUAGUGAACAAAAUGAAAAGUUAAUGUCUGACAAAAGCCUAUUAAUUCUAAUCAUUGUUGCUAAACUGACUUAUAAGUGUUUGCCCUAAAAUAACAGGUUGUAAAACGUUGUAUGCAGAUGAGAAGUCCACAAACCGAAGCCCAGCCAAAGCCCCACCACAAAGAGAAUUUAACAGCAAAGAUGUUGCAUCUUUUAUCCCCUAUUCAAACUGCAACAGAUCUAGGACCAGUCCAGCAACUGUCAUUAUAUACAUUGUGAUAAUUUCCACUAUUUUACUUUCUUUAUUGUUCUCAUUAAUUGUUAUCGUUACAGGUGUGGUUUAAUUUAUUAAUGUCUUAUCACUGACAAAACAACUUUGACUAAAGCUAGAUGGCUUCAAAGCAAGAAAUAAAGUACUGAAUAUUGUGAUGAUUAAGCUAUGUUAAACUUGAAAACUGGUUCCAGUAAAUAUCCGAUGUGUGAGUUCUGUUUUAUUAUUUACUGCUGAAUUCAUUUGCUGUGAAAACUGGAUUUUACACCAUGUUAGAAACACUACUUUAUUAAAUAUGUUUAUAAACGCA